AUGUGUUUCCAGAUGAUAUCACUAGUCAAAAAAUUAAGCAUCCUUUACCUCAUCCACCUCACGAGUACAGUCGCGCGAAUUGGGUCGCUGUCAUCCCAAGAUCAUCAUAUCAAGAAACGUGGUGCAGCUCUGUCAUGCUUUUUGGACACGAAGAAAGAGCUUGUUGAGACACUUGGCCCAAUCAACCAGGAAAAAGUGCAACAGCUAUCGGACAACAUAAUUUACCGCGAACAAUCCUCCUGCUACCUAUUGAAUGAGAGUUCCUGGAAGGGAAAAACAUUCAAAAGCUGCUAUUACGAUGCUGUGGCCACAAUACUAUCCGAAGCUGCGAAGACCAAUACGGGACAAGCCCAAUACCUUACUCAUUUCUCAAGAAAACUGCUUGAACCAAUCAAGCGAACGGAAAUAGGCACAAAGAUAUUUGACCCACUCUAUAUGUCAGUUUGGCAUCAAACACAAACCAGUGGACCUCCAUCCGAAUCAGCAAAUGUCAAUGAAUACCCACCAGUAUCGGAAAUCACCUUCGAGAAGAUUGAAGAAGAACGGUCCUUUGCAAUUCCAAGUGAUAUAUAUAUUAAAGGAGAACCUCUGUCGCGAUUUGCAGGGAUAUCCCAGAAUGUUGUGGCACUAUUUAAAGAGGUCAGGGGUAUGGGUGAAGAAAAACUGCAGUUAGACCUCACCCAUUGGACUUCCACAAUUCUCAGACUUUUGGUCGUCACUCUGGGGCAAGAAAUGUUUGAUACUCUUGAGUGGAAAAACUUGCGUGGCAUCUUAUUUGGCCAACUGAUAUCACUUGCAUACUUUGACAAGAUAGCAGACAGAGAAACAAUAUCUGGAAAAAUUGCUGCCAAGGAACUACUUAACGAGGUAGGUUGGUGGACCAGUGUGAGGAACUAUGGAGCCCCAGCUCACCAGCUGGAGAAGCAAGACUGGUGGAGUGAACUCAUAGAUAAACUCAAAGAAGUGCAAACAGUAAAUGAUGGAAAAUAG